AAAUUUACUCUGUCGGUAAAAGUGUACCAGUGUUUACAUUUUGUGAUUUUUAGUCAUAAAAAUUGUGAAAUUGAAAUUUUGACUUACAAUUUAUUCCAAUUGAACUACUGUACGUUUUUUUUUAAGUAACUAAAGAAAUUUAAUUAUAAAUUAUAAGAAUUAUUAAGUGAAAUAAUGGAAAAAUAUCCAGAAAUUGUCUGGCCAGUAGAGUUCUCAGAACUAAAAUCGAUCGAAAAUUUAUUGAAAUGUAAAAUUUGUUAUGAUUAUUUGGAUACGCCGGUAAUUACACCUUGUUCUCAUAAUUACUGUUCUUUAUGUAUAAGAAAAUAUUUGCACUACAAAACAAGAUGUCCUCUAUGUUUUCACGAAUUAUUUGAAAAUCAAUUGAGUCCGAAUAGAAUUCUAGAAGAUAUUUUAAUAAAUUUUGUCAAAGUAAGAACUAAAUUGAACGAAUGUAUGAAGAAAUUUAAUAACAAUACAAUUGAUCACAACAAAAUAAAUCAAAAUAAGACAUCUUGUGAAUCACAAAAUUGUAACGUAAGUAAAGAAAAUUUUGAUUCUGGAACAGUAGAUACGUCUGAAGAAAAAGUGGACCAAGUUCAUGAAAAUAUCGAUGAAUGUCCAAAUAACUGCGACAGUUCGACUAAUAAAUCUUUGGAUUCCAAUAAGCCAACGCUGGACAAUGACGAGAUAUCGCAAAAAAAUACAAAUUCUUCAGAAGUUAACGAUUCCGAUGAAUUGAAAGCGUGUCCUGUUUGUCGUGUCAAUAUACCAGGGGUAAAUUUAAAUAUUCAUAUUGAAAAUUGUUCUAAAAGAGAAGCGAUUCCUCAUAUUCAUACAACACCAAUCAUAAAACGCCCACAUCUACCAAAGUUAGUAUUAAAUUUAAUGAAAGACGCAGAGCUCAAAAAGAAACUAAAAGAAGUCGGCCUUUCUACCAAGGGCACGCGCAAAGUUCUGGAGCUUCGUUAUCAGCGAUACUGCACACUCUAUAAUGCGGAGUGUGAUAAAAAUAAACCACGAAGUACCAAAGAUCUGCUGAAACAAUGCAACGAUCAAGAGACACUAGAAAAAACUGUCGAGACACUUCCUAUUAGUAUGCGAUACAAGCGUUAAUUUUUUUCGCAAAAUAUACACAUACAUAUAUAUAUAUAUAUUUUUUUAUUUAUUUCGAAAUAAAUUUACAUUAGUAGAUAAUAUCAAAAUAAGAGAUCGUGAACUUAAGAGAUGAUUUUAUUAAAACUAUUGUACUAAUAUUUUUUUUUAUUGUUCUC